AUGAUGACGUCGUCGCUGUCGCUGAUGGACAAGCUUCCCAACGAGAUGCUAGCCGCGACACUGGCACUGCUCUCGUCGCGGGAGCUCGCCCUCGUCGUCCUCGUCAGCCGCCGCUUCUACUCGGUCGGCGUGCGCGUCCUGUACCGCCGCCUCGUCGACGCGGCCCGCCUGCCGGGCCAUGAGUUGAUCCUCGAGUGCUACCACCCGAGCGCCAAGAUCUCGACGCCCUACCUGGCCUGCCGCUACCUCGGCACCUGCGUCGCCGACGGGGGCGCCAUCGACGACGGGGAGCCCGUCUUGGCCGACCUGUCUAAGCUGUACUCCUCCUUUCGGCCCUCCCAGUCGGAUGUCGAGGAGGCAGCAUCGUCACAGCAGCAAGCAGGGCAUGCAGAUUGGCACCAGAUCGGGGAAGCGUGGCAAGAAGACGAUGAGGACGACGACGAGGACAAGGACGAAAUAGCUACGCAGGACAUUGGCCUCGACCGAGGCGAACUCUUCUCGCAGCUCUGCACCGUCACAAACGUCGUCAAGCAGAGCUCCAGACGGGGGCUGUUUGUGAGCCACGUCAACACAUGCGACGGCGUCGUGCGCGUCUGGAGGAAAUGGCUCGCCGACAUGGCCGCUUCCUCGCCCAUCGGCAAUGGCUACGACGACGACGACAACCAUGGCACCAGCGGCGAGGGAAGCACAACGAUAAGCCGCGACAGGUUCCUGUGGGUAGACGCGGCCAAGAGCGUCGGGCUGAGGUUCCGCGUCGCUCCCGCGGCGGCGUCGGCGGCAGACAACCCGCCGCUGCUCUCCGGGCCGCACGACGAUAGUGAGGACGAGGACGAUCCGGCUGUGUCGUACACGCUCGUCUACCAAGAGCUGCUCGUCCGGAGCAGCAUGUUGCUCUCCGCCGUCGAGACAUCAGCCUCGCAAGCGGUAUCGCGCUCGACAAAGGCCGUCAUCAUAGCCCCGUUCGAGGGCCUCGUGCUGUGA